AACAGCGCCAUCAAAAAUGGGCGACCGCCCCAAUUAGGCCAUCUUUCAAACUGGCCAUGGUUCGGUGGCCAACGGCAAAUUAAUGUUGGCUCUUCUCCGGUCGUCUCUUGGAACGAUGACUUACCAUGAUCUCUGCUGCUUUUGUGCAGGAGGUGGUAAGUUACCCCCUAUAUUAGCGACGAUGCAGAGGCUGCUCACGAGCCGAUGGCACCGGUUCCUUUCCUCUUCAACCCCACCCGUCGACACUAACCUUCGUCAGAUGGUCCUCCACAUCGUCGCCUCGGGCGUUGGCAGCCUCGACGACAUGGUAACGGCUCUCGACCGGUCAAGCAUCGUGCCUACCCCUGCCUUCAUAAACGAGGUCAUCGACGCUUGCAGUAGCCAAUCCGGCGUCGGUAAUAGCAUCAGCAGCAGGAGGUUGCUCCGCUUCUUCUCCUGGUGUCAGCAGCGUCAGAGACCUCAAGAACGGUACGGGGACGAUGUCGUCAACCGCGCCAUCCGGGCCUUUGCCAAGAUGAAGGACCUUACGGCCAUGGGCAUCGCCAUCUGCGAUCUACAGAAGGAGGGCCGGAGCGUGGCCCUGGAGACAUUUGCCCUCGUCACUGACACCCUCGUGAAAGCUGGCGAAGAGGAGAAGGCCGUUCGCCUCUUGGGUAGCCUGGAGAGGGCGCGGCUACUGCAGGACCACCAUGGCAAUGACGGAGUGGUAGGCGGCGCUUGUUCCGGCAUCCUCAUCGUUGUACAUGCCCUCUGCGCUAGAGGGAACCCGGGCAUGGCCCGGGGAGUUGUCUGGCGCCACAGGCGCGAACUGCUGUCAGCAGGUGGGGAGGCCACUCGCAUCAUUUAUCAGAGCCUCCUACACGGAUGGUGCAUCCGUGGGAACGCCAGGGAGGUCCGCCGAGUCAUGGACCAGAUGAAAUCGCUUGGUUUUUGUCCCAGCCUAUCAUCAUACAACGAUUUGCUUCUCUGCAUAUGCAAGAGAAACGUCAAAUUCAACCCUUCUGCAAUCAUUCCAGAAGCCACUAAUCUGAUGACUGAGAUGAGGACCGCUGGUGUCCCCCCGACAACCGUCAGCUUCAAUAUCCUACUAUCUUCCCUUUCUAGGGUGAGAAGGAUCAAGGAAGCUUACCGAGUCCUAUACUUAAUGCGACAGGGGGAAGCUGGAUGCCACCCCGACUGGGCAAGCUACCACAUCGUAGUCAGGCUUAUGUACCUGUCAGGAAGGUUUGUCAGAGGUAAUACGCUUGUGGAUGAGAUGCUUGAGGCAGGUUUGCUGCCCAAUGUUCAUUUCUACCAGAGUCUGGUGGAACUCCUAUGCGCUCUGGAUAGGGUGGAUCAUGCCCUUCAGAUGUUUGAGCGGAUGAAGAAGUAUUGUGGACAGGGCAAUGAGCCUACAUACGACUUGCUAAUAGCCAAGAUCAGCAGAUGCAGAAGGUUAUAGCAAGCAACCAAUCUAUGGGAAGAGGCAAUUGAAAGGAGCAUCAUACUCCAGUGCCCAAGAGAUCUGUUGAGUCCUUUGAAGACGGAGGUGUUCAGACCAGUGGUGCCUCAAAGAAGUUAAAAGUUGCAGGACCAUGAAAAACAUCACAGAGAUGGGUCAAAGAUUGGAACCAGAGAAAGUUUAAGCAGGAGAAGGGCUACACAACUUAAUGUUGGUGGAUAAUUACAACUGAUAUGUUCUGGAAAUGCUGAUAUCACAAACUGACAAAGAAAUGGUGGUUCAUCAUGGUGUAUUUGCAAACCAGAACUGAUCAAAACAUCAAUUGGAGCUGCCAACAAAAUUUGUGAAUGAAUACACUUGCCAUGAAAUAAAUGAGAUGCUUAUUACCGACCAUCAAAACCAACCUGAGCUGUUUCCGGCAAUGUAUGACGUAAUGCAUACCCACAUAUUGCACGGCAUCGGAAAAAGUAGGCAAAGUUCCCUGCCUUGUACAAUUCAAACACAAAUGCCAAACUCAGUGGGUUGAUCUAGUUUUCCCUGUGAAACUGAUUGUUGUUAGAGGUUUGUAGAGUAGAUACAUCUUAAUGAGCCCCUAACAAGAUGUGUUAUGCUGCAUUA